CAGCCUCCUCUCUGGGUUCAGAUCUAACUGGGUCAAGCUCUAAGGAGGAAGGAUUUUAGGUUGAGUUAACAUGGCAUCUCUGAGAACUGUGAUCUGUCUGGGGGUCUGUCUGUACACGUGGAUCCUCACUGCUGCAGAAAACAACGUGCCCAAAGCAGAGAAUUUAAAAUGGGUUUCUCUGGACUUUAAAACCAUCAUCAAUUGGACUACUGCAGAAUCUAACUACAAAUACACUGUCUCCGUCUCCAGUGAUGACAAUAAUUGGAGUUCGAGUCAAGACUGCAUCCGGAUGACCGAGUCAGAGUGUGAUCUGACCGAACACCUCACACCCUACGACAGGGCCUACACGGUUGAUAUCCAGACUGAACCUGAUCUGGUGAACUAUGAGGAGGACCUGGAGAACUACCCUCACACGUACUCUGAUCCCUUCAACCCCUACAAAGAGAGUAAAAUCAGUGCGGUGGACAUCACGGUGGAGGCUGUGGAUGAGAACAGAGUCAUGGUCAACAUCACAGAUCCUCUGACCGGGAUUCACCGGCGUGGGAAGCAGCUCAGCCUCAGAGACGUCCUCAAAAAUGACCUCAAGUAUAAGAUCAGCUACAACAAGCCUGGAAGUACAGGCAAGAGAGACAUCAUAUCUGACUCGAGUAUGGCCGAGGUGUCGAAGCUGGAUGCAGGAGAGAGUUACUGCUUCAUGGCCGCAGCGUUCAUCCCCUCCAGACCCAAAGGCAGCCAGCUGGGGGCGUGGAGCCAGCAGCUGUGCACACCUCAUGAGGAGAACAUCCUGCAUGAGCUGCACCUGGGCACUUGGGUCGGUAUAAUCUUCAUCCUGCUCACAGUCUUCUUCAUUAUCGUCACGGUGACCGUCCUCUGCUGCAGAUGCUGCCGACAGAGAAACUCAACUCAGUCAUCCACACCUGUUUAGUGUGUGUGUGUGUGUGUGUUUCUGUGUCUCUAUGUGUGUGUGUGUGUUUCUGUGUCUCUAUGUGUGGGUGUGUGUUUCUGUGUGUGUCUAUGUGUGGGUGUGUGUUUCUGUGUGUGUCUAAGUGUGGGUGUGUGUCUUUAGGGAGCUGGACUCUCUCCUUUUCUCUUUGUUCACUGUAUUUGUCAUUAUUUUCUUAUUGUAUUUUCACAUUAGUGUUAAUGUUAGUUGUGCUGCUUGUUCUAACACCUCUAUGUGUUUAAUAUCUGAAUUGUAAACCUGUUCACAUUUAUCAACUGUUGAAAUAAGUACUCAAAUAUUUUACUUUAGUAAAAGUAGUAAAAGUCUAUUUUUUUAAUAGGAGAAGUCCUGCAUUCAAAACUCGACUAAAAGUACAAAAGCAUUAGCAUCAAAAUAUGAUGAAAGUACCAAAACUAAAAGUACUUAUCAUGAAGAAUGAUCUAUUCUCAGAAUAACAUAUAUUAUAUAUAUAUAUAUAUAUAUAUUAUUGGUUACACAUCCAUAUGUACAUUAUUUGAUUAGUUGAUUUAUAUUUGUAUUACUGACACAAGCCUGCAGAAUAACUACUACAGUAACUAAACUGAACAAUGUAAAGGAACAAAAAGUACAAUAAUUGGCUCAAAACUUUAGUGUAGUAGAAAAGCAUGUACGGCAUAGUAUAAAGCAUCAUAAAAAGGAAAUACAAGUUGAAGUUUAGGUCAAAUUGUACAUAAAACUGUGAGCCACCAGUGCAUUAAUCCCAUGUGUUUAAAUGUGGUCCAAAAAUCACGAGGAGAUCAACAAUCAUGGACAAUUUAGUUUUGAAAUAUCAUAUUCUUACCACAGCUACAUUCCAAACAGGAAGAACUGGCGUUAGAUUAAACUGUAUUAGUGCAGACUCAAUGUGUAACAUUCUCUCACAAAUAUACCCUCUAAUUCCUUUUUUAACCUGUCAUGUAAAUCCUGUUUCCCUCACACUGUUUCUUCUCAACACAAUUGUAUUAUUAUUUUUGUAUUAUUAUCUUUCCUUCAUGUUCUGUCAGGACCAAAUGAAAGUAACCACUAAAUGACAGGACAUGAAGUGUUUAGUGACCCCUAGUGGCUGCCCCAUGACACUGCAGCAACAUGGGCAAACUCACCUCGAAAUCCAGAUUCAGCUAAUCUUUCAAAAAAAGCUUGUUUAUGGAAUCAUUUAAAAUCAAUGAUUAUUUGUAUGUGUCACGAGAGUACCUUUUGUUGAUCAAAAAGAUUCAAGCAAUAAAACAUUCACAAACAAAUAAAA